GAAACAAAACAGAGAAAAAAAAGUUAUGGGGAGAAGCGGGAUUUUCUCUUCGCAUGGCGCUAGUCUCGGUCGCGCCUGAAGAAGCUGCCUCCAUAGCCACACACAAUCAACAUGCCAACGUUAUUUCUCCUCCUCCUCCAUUCUCUGCUCUUUCUUUCUUUCACAAGAAAAAAAAAAGAUAUUUUCUCCGCAGUUCUUUGAAUCGAAGUUGGUUUUCUGGGUUUUGAUUUUGUGCCCAUCAUGGAUGAAGAAUACGAUGUGAUCGUUCUCGGCACGGGUCUCAAGGAAUGUAUUCUCAGCGGUCUCCUCUCAGUCGAUGGCCUCAAGGUUCUGCAUAUGGACAGAAACGACUACUAUGGAGGAGAAUCGACUUCUCUCAACCUCACCCAGCUAUGGAAGCGUUUCCGGGGAAGCGACACUCCACAAGACAAUCUUGGGGCAAGCAGAGAAUACAAUGUUGAUAUGAUACCCAAGUUUAUUAUGGCCAAUGGUCUCCUUGUUCAGACCCUCAUACACACCGAUGUCACAAAGUACCUUAACUUCAAAGCUGUGGAUGGCAGCUUUGUGUACAAGAAAGGGAAGAUCUACAAGGUGCCAGCUACUGAUGUUGAAGCCUUGAAGUCGCCAUUGAUGGGACUGUUUGAGAAGCGGAGGGCGAGAAAGUUCUUUAUCUACGUGCAGGACUACGAUGAGAAAGAUCCCAAGUCUCAUGAAGGUUUGGACCUCAACAAAGUUACAGCCAGAGAGAUCAUCUCAAAAUAUGGGCUGGAAGAUGAUACAAUUGAUUUCAUUGGUCAUGCAUUGGCACUUCACAAUGACGAUGAGUACCUGGAUCAACCUGCUAUUGAUUUUGUCAAGAAAAUUAAGCUCUAUGCAGAGUCUUUGGCUCGGUUUCAAGGAGGAUCUCCUUACAUCUAUCCUCUGUAUGGUCUUGGAGAGUUGCCACAGGCGUUUGCACGUUUGAGUGCUGUGUAUGGUGGGACAUACAUGCUCAACAAGCCUGAGUGCAAGGUAGAGUUCGACAGCGAUGGGAAAGCUGUCGGUGUCACUUCUGCAGGUGAAACUGCAAAAUGCAAGAAAGUUGUUUGUGACCCUUCUUACUUGUCCGAUAAGGUUCAGAAAGGCGGGAAAGUUUCUCGGGCAAUAUGUAUAAUGAGCCAUCCUAUCCCAGACACAAGUGAUGCUCACUCAGUUCAAAUCAUUCUGCCUCAGAAGCAGCUGGGUCGUAAAUCUGACAUGUAUCUGUUCUGCUGUUCAUACGCUCACAAUGUAGCUCCAAAGGGCAAAUACAUAGCCUUUGUUUCGGCAGAAGCUGAGACUGACAAUCCGGAGGAAGAGCUGAAGCCUGGAGUCGACUUGCUCGGGCCUGUCGAUGAGAUAUUCUACGAUUCUUAUGACAUUUACUUACCCAGCAACGAUGCUGAGAAAGAUCACUGCUUCAUCUCUGCUACUUAUGAUGCAUCCACACAUUUUGAGAGUACAGUGGUGGACGUGCUUCAGAUGUAUACUAAGAUCACUGGCAAGACACUUGAUCUGUCUGUGGACUUGAGUGCUGCAAGUGCCGCUGCUGAAGAAUGAAGCGUGUUUUGUCCUUAUCUUCGUAAGGGAUUGAGUUGCAGAGGGUUUCAGGAUUACAGUAAUUAUUGUUCUUUGAAUUGGUUUCUUGCUUGCAAAGAAGCAGAACACAGUUUCUGAUUUGUUUCUGCGUUUGUUCAGAAGUUUAUACUUAUUACCA